UUAAAGGCGGUGCUACAGCCACAAUGUGGUCUGCCCGUCCUUCGAAACAAACUAACGGCGCUUGCUCAUCAUCAUCAAAAAAGAUAAUAAUAGAUACGUAUCUUAAUUCUGCUGUCAAACGCUCCCGACGCAUGGUGCCGGGUGUGUGCUCUGAUCGCCUGGGCCCUCAUCAAUUCCCUGUUAGAGUCCCCGACUCGAAAGAAAUAGACGAGUGGUUGGAGGAUACAGCAAACUAGUACGUUAUGCGAUAUGCACUGUGUGGAACUACUGCGAGGUAAGCUGGCGGUUACUGGAACAGCAUCAUAGCCUUAAUAGGGUCACACCUCCUGCAAGCCCUACACAUGGAUUCCUGGGGAUGGGUGACUAGUACUAUCCUUUUCCCGAUUAUCCCAGGCGCAGCAUUGGGUACCCAUCCGUCAUUGGCGCCAGAGACCCUCACCCUGCAUGUAGGACGUGUUGGUAACUUGGUGUCCAUUAACUUGAGGGCUUUCUUAGUUUCGAGACCAACUCAAUACUGCGAAAUGUUCCUGAAAGACGGCAACUUCAUCUCACCGCCCCUUUUGUUCAAUAAUAUGGGUUUCCGCCCUCCCAGCCAUACACCUUCCCCUCUUUGACUAGAACUUUGUUGAUAAUGUCAUUAUUAAUGAUAAGUCAUAUUGCGUUUAUUAUUUCCCGACAUUAUACGAGUCUUAUACUUUCCAUAUCUUAACUUUUCCACUGUUGUCUCGGCUAGGAAGCUGUAUACAGUGUAUAAUGUUUAGAGUAGAUAAUGACGACGCCACAGACGGGGAGGCAAAGAACAAUGCAUGUGUAUAGGAGCAACUAAUGUAUUCGAUACAGGAAUCUUCACCAUUCAACGACACAAACCAGGCUGCACUGCAGAAGUCGCUUGUUUGCUUUGUCUCCGGUUGAUUACACCGAAUCAGCGACCGAGCCAAAAGUGAUCCUAUAGGCCACCCCAAUCUCGGAGUAAAUGUGGUACAUCAUUCGAAGGCAACCGAAGCUAACGUACCCCAAAAAGCAAGGGGUGUGAAACACGAUCUACUCCUGUUCUUGCUGGGCAAGUCUCAGGAAGCGCCCGUGUUCCAGUCUCAAUUGAGUUUUGGUGGC